CACGCACCUGCGCACUGUCAUUUUAUGGACGACAACAUCCUUGCUACUAGAUAGCAGUGCAGUGCAGUUGGUGCAGUGCGAAAAACCUAUAUCGUUACAUAAUGCAGAGUAAAGUACUCUUUUUAAAACAUACAGGUAAAAAUAUACUACAUUGAUAAUCUUAUCGGCAGGCAAAGUAUCUCCAUGAUACAGUAUGAAGCUUACAAGAAAACUGGUUCUUGCUAAGGCUAAGGCCUCUGACUUGGACAGCGUGAGGAAACUUAACUGCUGGGGAUGCAGUCUAUCAGAUAUUUCUAUAUUUUCCCAAAUUCCCAAUAUUGAUGUGCUGACUCUCAGUGUCAACAGCAUCUCGUCGCUCUCCCCUCUCGCGGGAUGCCACUCUCUGUGUGAGCUCUACCUGAGGAGAAACUCCAUCCAGUCCCUCUCCGAGCUCUGUCACCUCCGCUCCCUGGCCCGCCUGAGGGUGCUGUGGCUGGCUGAGAAUCCCUGUUGUGGACCAGAGGCUAGCAGAUACAGACUCACCGUGCUCCGCUGCCUGCCCCGCCUGCAGAAGCUAGACAACCAGGUGGUCACAGAGGAGGAAGUUUCAUUGGCUCUCACCCAUGGGGAAGACAUUACCACACCCCCAACCACGGUACAGGACCAGUUGUCAACCAAUGGGAUGGCAGACGUGGACACCGAGAAUGACCCCCUCAAUUACAACAUGGAGGAAACCAAUAAAAUCAGGGAACAACUGGGAAUGAAGCUUCUUGCCAGGGACAAGUUUGAGUCUCUUUCCUCUCCGGUGACUAAAGAAGCCAAACUGCCUUUUAAAAAGACGCAUACUCUGGAAGCGGUGCUUCUGCUGAUGAAGGAUCUGGACGAGGAGGAACUGCAGAUCGUCCACACAGUCGCCCUGAACCGACUCCAAAUGUACACGGUCGGUACAGAGACCCUUAAAGACGCCAUGAAGACUGAGAAAACUACAGACAUGCAACACUGAUACCAAUCCUUUCAUACUAACGGUUGCGUAAUGGAUGCAUGUUACUCUAUGAUGCAGGUUAUUUUUUUUGUCCAAUGUCGUGGAAGAUGUGGAGAAGGAAUGGUGACCGUUUACCUUGCUUGCAUUUCCUAAUCGCAGCAUGCCUGCCUUCAACAUAAAAUAAUGUACUUUUUCUUUUUCUAAAUGUAAAUAAGACAAUGUAUCUAUUUGUGUAAAAUAAAGAGGAAACACUGAA